UCAGUUUGUUUGCGAGUCCCUUCCUUGUUUUCCACCUACCCAUAAACGGGACAAGGAAAUCAGAGGCGGCGGCGGGGAGCGGUCACUGCGGGCAUCGGGUUUCGAGUUUCGCCGAAAUUCAGACCCGGAAACGGGUGGGGGGGUGAUCGAGGAAAGCGAUGGAUGAAUUAGUUGUCUCCUCUGGAAAGGACUUCACUGACCACCCUUCUGAAAGUCUUCUGGAACCAUCAGAAGAUCCAGACUCAUCCUUGACUGAAGAGUCAUCUUCCAAUAUCAACCCUCCCUGUCGUUUUUUCUUGGAGGGACGCUGCCAUUUUGGUGCCCGCUGCCAAAACUAUCAUCCUGGUGAUGUUGGUGAGGUUCACCAUUUAAAAGAUUGUGGACCUGUUCAUGUUCCUUCCUUGCCGCUCACAGAAGGGAAGAAACCUGCCAUGAAGACAGCUGAGGAUGUCAUUUCCCGGCUCCUCUGGGAUACACAGGUACCUGCUGAACAAUUUUCUAUUGGCUACCUUGACCGGUUCUUGGGCAUCUUGGAGGAAUCUUUUACUUCUUUCUCGUGGGAGGAUCUAGCGUCAGUUGGUCCUGGUGUACUAGCUAUCCCUAAACAUAGGAUCCAGUAUUUUAAAUACAGAGACCGUGUGGUUUGGGACAAAGUCAGUCGCACCGAUGACGUUUUUGGGUCCACAGGAAGUGGGAAAACCAUCUUAGAAGUGAUGAAGGAAGAAGACACCCAAGCUAAGAAGGAACUAUUGAAUUUUCCAAAUAGCCCCCAAGUCGAAGAACAGUUAGAUAGGGAUUCAGCCAAAGAGAAAGAGUUGAAUGGGACAAGUGGUGGAGAGAAGUUAGUGAUGGCUUUGGGUGAAGCAGGGGAUAAUUUGGAGUUGGCUGAAGACCUGUCCAACAACCAAGAAGGAAAUGUAGCCAGCAAAGAAAAGGGAAGAGAGACAAUCAGCUCUGUUAAGUGUGAAGAAUUCAAACAUGCUUGUGCUAUCGGAAUAGAAAAUGAACCAGUUAUGGUAGAGAGAGAAAACCUGGAUUUGGAAAAGAGGGGAGGGAGGAGCUUCACCUAUCCGAAGGAGCGCCCCACCCAUUUCAUAGCUAUCCCAAUCACCAGCCCAGAAAUCCGGGAAGUGGUGAAACUUUUCCAGGAGGCUGUGUGUGCUGUCAGCUCAGAUUACGCUCCCUUCUGUGUGCCCAGAGCUACACUGCAUAUUACACUUUGCCUGUUGCAUUUGGAUACCCCUGAAGAAAUCCACAAAGCGAUGAUGGCUCUGGAAGAACUUCAGGCUGGUUUUCAGCGACUGCUGCCUCCAGUCUUGCUUCUCUCCUUCCGUAAUGUGGAAACUUUUAAUUCACGGGUUUUGUACUUGGCACCAGACCCUGUACCCCAACUGGGAGCCCUGGCUCAAAAUCUGGAAAAUGGCUUCACUAAAAAGGGCUUGACUGUGAUUUGCCCUCCUUCCAAAGGGAAGUUCCAUUUGACCAUCGUGAAAAUUCCUCCUAGGAAGGGAAUGCCAUGGCUCCCAUCAGGCUUGGCUUGGGCUCCUACGAUGGAGGAUUUAGGAGUCCAGGCAGUAGAGUCCGUUGGUUUGUAUGAGGUAGGAAAAGGCAAAAGAACCGAUAAUGUGUAUGUCAGCAUACUGAAAUUGGAUUUAUAUGGAGGAAAUGGGACUUAGUGGGAGAUACCUACCAAAUGAACGUCUAUUCUAACAGUGGGCAGGGCUGGGCAACUUGAAAACUUUGUGGACUUCAACUUCCAGAACUUCCCAGCAGCAUCUGUUUGGAGCACUUUAACUAAACUCUAAUGGAAAAGUUAAUCAAAAUGGGGCAGGGAGAACAAGAACAGGAACACUGCAAUAACACUUACGUUUUUUCCCUUGCUUGAUUUAAACAGAUUAAUAAUGCACAAUAAAAGCACUACAUUUUUACAAUCCCUUUUCAGAUACUUUUUAGAUAGAUAGGUAUGUUGCAUUAUUAGAGACUCCUUUGAAUUGAUAAGAGAAAUGAAGGAAAAAGAGGCUACAUCUUUUUUGUGGAAUUGUAUAAUUGAUGCCCACAGAUGAUCCUACGAAAGGACAUUCUGCUUUAAGGUGUUGCAAAGGCCUGAAUGAAACAGUCAUACUUGUAUGGUCCAAGGCUGCUUCUGACGAUUAAAUCCAACAUGCUAACCAACUCUGAAAGAAAGGCCUUGAUGCAUGAAUGCUUUAAAAGGUGCUGCAAAAGGCUGAAAUACUGGAAUUCUAUCUGUAUUAAACCAAAGCCCUUUGAGGUUGCAAAGAUGGAGAAUGUAGAGCAAUAUAAAGUAACUAGCUGUCUUGUGCUCUCUUAAGUUUUGUUUUGUUUUCUAAGGGGCACUGAAAGCUAAGGUGUAGCCUUUUCUUAUCUGGUUUAGUGUUUCUGAUCCAGUCCCAAUAGUCUACGGUUGAGAGAAAGGGUACUUUUGCUUUGUUUAGUAUAACCAAAUUAAGUGUAAUUUUCAAUGGUUAAAAAAAAAAUGACCCCAGUUGUAAUAAAGGCCUUUGAACUGUACUUUAGUUUUCAAU